GCACUGUAUGUAAACACUUUUCAUGUGCGUCGGUAGUGUGGCCGAAUGCUGCAGAUUUAUUGUCAACCGAUAGAAACGUUAGCCUUUGAGGCUGCUGGAAAAAAGUUGACACAUUUAGGACGUAAAUUUACAAUCAAAACUGCACUUUGAAAUAUUUAGAGACUUUUGCGCAUAUAUGUUGCAGGAUUUUCUAGUUGUGGAUGUUUUUGUUGUGGGAAGAGCUUAUAAUAAAAUACUCUGAGAUAAAACUAUUAAAUAAUACGCAAUAUAUGCAUCUUAAACUUCAAUUUUAGACAUGUUUCGAAGCAAAGAAAAGCAGUUUGAAAUUUCGGAUGUUAGUGAUCUAGAUUUACCACCUGAUGCUUGGAAGGUUCGCCCUUGUGAAUGGUAUAAAGAUGAAUAUAAAAACUGUACUGGCAUGCAAUCACGUUUUAACCAGUACUACAUAUAUGGAGAAGUAUUAGAUUGUUCUAAUUGGAAGAAGGAUUACCAAGACUGCAUGAUAUUCAGGAAAAAUCAUGAUUUAAAAGCUAUUGAAAAAGUUAUUGAAAGUGAGAAUCAACGGAAGAAGAAAAGAAAUGAGGCUAGUUACAACAAUGAUGUUUGGCAAUAUCGAUCAAAGCCUCCGGAAAACUGGAAUUCUGAGAUGCCUGAUUGGAUGAUCGAAAGGAAGAAAAAUUCUCUUCUUAUUGAAACUCAAGCAAAAUUAAACGAAGGCAUUGAACCUCCUCACAUAUUUACUGGAUUUAACUGUAGCAUAUUAUGAUCUUAGUCUCUAAAAUUUAGUUAUAUUAAAUUAUUUAUAUGUUCCUAAU